CCGUUCUGGGCUGGAAGCGCGCCGUGCUUUUGCCCCCCGGACUCCAAGAAACCUGCUUCUUUUUUGGUGAGGCGGACCCUGAUCUCCUGUUUCUUUGCUGCAUGCCCGCUCACCAGUGCUGGAUUAUGUUUGUCUCCUUCUCCCUUUGCUCCAUAAUUUGGCUGAAUCGUGGUUUCAAGCUAAGGAAAAGGGGCUGCACCUAAGCGCGCCGGGGCACCCAGACCAGGCUCCUGAGGUGCUGGUUCACGCAGAGACGUUCAGAGUGCUGAUGGGGGAGAGCUGCGUCUGGAGUCCCUCCUCUCCCGCCCGAAACGUGCUGCCUCGCCGUUCAGAGCCGUUCUCCCCGCGGCAGAGAGAAUGGGCAGCACCGAUGGGUUCCAGUACCGCGCGCUCUACCCCUACCGCAAGGAGCGCGAGGAGGACAUUGAUCUGCUGCCUGGGGACAUCCUGGUGGUGAGCAAGGGGGCCCUGCAAGCCUUGGGCUUCAAAGAUGGUGAUGAGCAGACCCCCAAUCAGAUCGGAUGGAUCCUGGGCGUCAACGAGCGGACCAAGCAGAAGGGCGACUUUCCUGGCACGUACGUGGAGUACGUGGGGCCUGUGAAGAUCUCUGUCCCUUCUCACCGGCCCCGAGUGCAGCGACCACUGCCCGCAACGCCGGGGGCCAGCAGCUCACGGCUGCAGGAGGCUGUGGAGCAAGGGUCUCCUCUGCCGGAUUUGCAGGAGCAGUUCAGCCCUCCCGAGAUUGCACCACCGCUGCUGGUGAAGCUGGUGGAAGCUAUUGAGAAAAAAGGGUUAGACAGCGAGAUGUUGUACAGGACAUCUGGCUCCGAACUGAGGCAAGCGCUGAGAACCGAUUGGACCCUGGGCGACCUGGAGCCCUUCGACGUGCACUCCCUGGGCGAGGCGCUGCGAGGCUACCUGCAGGACCUGCCCUCCCCCGUGGUGCCGGUGUCCGUGCACGGAGACAUCCUUCGCGUCCUGCAGGAGAUUCCCCAGUCAGAGAAUUGCCGGAAGCAGCUGCUGCUGGCCCUGGAGUCGCCUGCGGUCCCGCUCCAGAACACGCUCACCCUGCAGUUCCUGCUCCGGCAUCUGGGGAAGGUAUCGCAGCAGGCUGAGAGCAACAGCCUCCACCCUCGGGCCCUGGGAGAGAUCUUCGGCCCCCUUCUUCUCCGGCUGCCUGGUGCCAGCCCAGAGCUGAGCCCUGACUUCUCCGUGCUGUUUCUGGAGAUACUUCUGCAGACGAAGGAGUUAGAGCCAGAACAGUUGCCUCCAGCCUUGCCUCCAAAACCGCCUAAGCCAAAGCCCAGUGCAGCCAGCCUGGCCAACGGGAACAGCGUGCCCUUGCAGGACGCCGAGUGGUACUGGGGUGACAUUUCCCGGGAGGAGGUGAACGAGAAGCUACGGGACACGCCAGAUGGUACCUUCUUGGUGCGCGAUGCCUCCAGCAAAAUCCAGGGGGAGUACACGCUUACGCUCAGGAAGGGAGGCAAUAACAAGCUGAUCAAGAUCUUUCACCGGGAAGGAAAGUAUGGCUUCUCGGAGCCCCUGACUUUUGGCUCGGUGGUGGAGCUCAUCACCCAUUACCGGCACGAGUCGCUCGCCCAGUACAACGCCAAGCUGGACACCAGGCUGCUCUACCCCAUCUCCAAGUACCAGCAGGACCAAGUGGUGAAAGAGGACAGCGUGGAAGCCGUCGGGGAGCAGCUGAAGGUCUAUCACCAGCAGUACCAGGACAAGAGCUGGGAGUACGACCUGCUGUAUGAGGAGUACACGCGCACGUCCCAGGAGCUGCAGAUGAAGAGGACGGCAAUCGAGGCCUUCAACGAGACAAUCAAGAUCUUCGAGGAGCAGUGUCAGACGCAGGAGAAAUGCAGCAAGGAGUACAUCGAGCGUUUCCGGCGGGAGGGCAACGAGAAGGAGGUGCAACGGAUCCUCAUGAACUCGGAGAAGCUCAAGUCUCGCAUCACAGAGAUCCAUGACAGCAAGAUGAAGCUGGAGCAAGACCUGAAAAAACAAGCCUCGGAGAACCGGGAGAUCGACAAGCGCAUGAACAGCCUCAAGCCAGACCUCAUGCAGCUGCGCAAACUGCGGGACCAGUAUUUGGUGUGGCUGACGCAGAAGGGUGCCCGGCAGAAGAAAAUCAACGAGUGGCUGGGCAUCAAGAACGAGACGGAGGACCAGUACUCCAUGAUGGAUGACGAGGAGGAGCUGCCCCACCACGAGGAGCGGACAUGGUACGUGGGGAAGAUCAACCGUUUGCAGGCAGAAGAGAUGCUGUGCGGCAAGCGGGACGGCACCUUCCUGAUCCGCGAGAGCAGCCAGAAGGGAUGCUACGCCUGCUCCGUGGUGGUGGACGGUGACACCAAGCACUGCGUGAUCUACAAAACGGCGACCGGCUACGGGUUCGCUGAACCCUACAACCUCUACGCCUCCCUCAAGGACCUGGUCUUGCACUACAAGCACACAUCCCUGGUGCAGCACAAUGACUCCCUGAAUGUCACGCUGGCUCACCCGGUCCUUUCCCAGCCACCAGCCAGAUGAGCAGCCCGUACACGACACAACAGCUGCCUUCAGCUUCUCCCCAGGGCGCUGCUUUCUGGCUCUGGACUCUUGCACCCUGUAUAGUUGAGUCUCUGUGCUCCUGCCCCUCCAGAGCCUCUGAGAUGUCUGUGACCGUUCCUGGUGUCCCUUUUGGUCGGUAGCUGAAACCCGUGUUGGCCGAUGGGACAAAAAGGCUGGGCUGUUGACUCCCAGUGGGCUCCAGCCUCUAGGAGGUGGGAUCCAGUUGUGAUUGGAUUGCUGUGGGCAAGCACAGCCCCCUCCCUUUCCCCGAUAAGCAGGUCAGAUCCCCUUCUUGCUGCCAGGUCGCCCCGCUACGCCUCACCGUAGAGCUAGGUUCCCCAUUCCUCGAUGUGCUACAGCAUCGGUCACCACCCCGGCCGAGCGGCCGCAAGCGCUGCUUUGAGCGAGGGGCUCCCU